UUUUGUUUUGAUUUUUCCACAAAGCACGCACGUAACUUGGACGAUUCUGCUCGUAAUACGGCCGAAAAAUGUCGACAUCAAUCAUCCUGGCGGGACUGGGCCUGGCCGCGGUUGGAUACGGCGGGCGAAUGCUGAUGCGCCAAAUGCCGAAUGCGGCCACCAAGAUGCAGGAAGUGCUGAAAAAUAUGCCGAAAUUCGACGCCGAAAUGAUGGCCAACUCGAAGUACUACCGUGGAGGGUUUGAGCCGAAAAUGAGCAAAAGAGAAGCUUCACUUAUACUGGGUGUAAGUCCUUCGGCAUCCAAGACAAAGGUAAAGGAUGCGCAUAAAAAAAUCAUGCUUCUGAAUCACCCCGAUCGUGGUGGCUCACCCUAUCUUGCCGCUAAAAUUAACGAAGCAAAGGAUUUCCUCGAUAACUCCAAGUAAUGAUAGUUUCUCUCCCAGUAGCAUGUUAGAAAGUGUACAAAAUAUAAAACUUGUAAAUUGUUAACAA